AUGUGCUUAGAUCCCAGCAGAAUCCGUCUCAUCGUAGGUUCCAGUGAAAACGAAGGCCGUCUGGAGGUCCGGCCGGACAACAGUUUCACCUGGGGCACGGUUUGUCAGGACCAGUUUGACAUGAGGGAUGCUGACGUGGUCUGCAGAAUGCUGGGUUAUCCCGAGGCUGACCAGGUUCGCACUGAUGCCAACUUCAGCCAGGGAACAGGACCCAUAUACAUGGAUGACCUACAAUGUGCUGGGAACGAGAGUAGCCUGUUCGACUGCUCGUACCCAGGAUGGACCAUUCACGACUGUGACCACGCCCAAGAUGUAGCCGUGGUCUGUCUUACAAAUUCCAGUAGAAUCCGUGUUACCGGAGGCUCCGGCCCGCACGAAGGACGAGUGGAGGUCCGACCGUCUGACAGCUUUAGAUGGGGAAGAAUUUGUCUCGACCAUUUCGACCUGAAAGAUGCGGACGUUGUUUGUAGAAUGUUGGGCUACCCAAGCUCCCAACAAGUUCGCCAUGCGGAUAAAUAUUUUGGCAAAGAUUUCGGAGCAGCGCCAAUGUACAUGGAUGAACUGCGCUGUGAUGGGACCGAGAACAGCCUGUUCAACUGCUCGCACGAAGGGUGGAGGAUUCGUGACUGUGUCCGACAUGUCGGAGUUGUUUGUGAUCCCAGCAGAAUCCGCCUUGUCGGAGGUUCCGGGCCAGACGAAGGACGUGUGGAGGUCAGGCAAGAUGGCGGUGUGACCUGGGGGACGGUUUGUCACGACCAGUUUGACUUGAAGGAUGCAGACGUUGUCUGCAGAAUGCUGGGCUACCCAAGUGCUCAGGCAGUUCGUAAUGACGCCUAUUUCGGCCAAGGACAAGGGGAGAUCUUUAUGGAUGAUCUACGAUGUGCUGGGAACGAGAGUAGUCUGUUUGAGUGCUCGUACCCAGGGUGGGGGAUUCACGACUGUGAUCGUACCCAAGAUGUAGGCGUGGUUUGUGCAGGGACAUCCAACAGCGAAACCGUCUAG